GGCUGGCGCCUAUCUCUGCCCCCGCGCCAGUUUCAGGCAGGUUGGCGCGGAAUUGGGAGACUCCUUGACCAUGGCUCCAGUGUACGGUGACGACGGUGAUGUGGAGCCAAGUGCUGUGUCAGAAGAUUCAGGGAGUCUUGCAGCCUCUCGUGCCCGGAGAGAAAAAAAAUCAAAGAAAGGGCGCCAGGAAGCUCUAGAAAGACUGAAAAAGGCUAAAGCUGGUGAGAAGUAUAAAUAUGAAGUCGAGGACUUCACAAGUGUUUACGAAGAAGUUGAUGAAGACCAGUAUUCAAAGCUGGUGCAGGCACGCCAGGAUGAUGACUGGAUCGUGGAUGACGAUGGCAUUGGCUAUGUGGAAGAUGGCCGAGAGAUUUUUGAUGAUGACCUUGAAGAUGACGCUCUUGACACCAGUGAAAAAGGAAAAGAUGGCAGAGCACACAAAAAAGACAAGAAAACUGAAAGGAAACCUGCAGUGACAAAACCAAACAAUAUCAGGUCAAUGUUCAUUGCUAGUGCUGGAAAGAAAACUGCAGAUAAAGCAGUGGACUUGGCAAAAGAUGAUUUGCUAGGUGACAUUCUACAGGAUCUGAGCACUGAGACAUCUCAAAUAACUCCCCCACCUGUAAUAAUAUCAAAGAAGAAAAGAUCCACUGGAGCUUCACUGAAUCCUUUCUCUGUGCUUACCCCUAAGGUAAUUCCUCCAGGGAAAACCACUUUUCCUGCCUCCAGGAAGGAGCUAUCAUUAACUCCUGUUCCUUUCAAACCUGCUGAGUUUGCUGGAGAUCCGGUGCACUCAGACCGUCCAGAAGAUGAGGAGUCAGGUGCAAUAGAGUUUGAAGAUGAUGACUUUGCUGAGCCCAUGGAUACUCAGAAGGUGGACAUGGAGCCUGUGGCUGCCAAGACUUGGGACCAAGAAAAUGAACCCACAGAUGGGGUGAAACCUGAGUCAGAUCCUAGGAAAGGGACCACAUCUUGCUUAGGAAAUUUUCUCCCAGAUGUCUCUUGUUGGGACAUUGAUCUAGAAGAUGACAGCAAUUUCUCAGCUCAGGAAGUCCAAGUGGAUUCCAGCCACCUCCCAUUGGUGAAAGGGGCAGACGAAGAUGAAGUCUUUCAGUUUUAUUGGCUGGAUGCUUAUGAAGAUCAGUACAGUCAACCAGGUGUGGUAUUUCUGUUUGGCAAAGUUUGGGUUGAUUCAGCCAAGACCCAUGUGAGCUGUUGUAUCAUGGUGAAAAACAUUGAGCGAACAUUGUACUUCCUUCCUCGUGAAAUGAGAAUCGAUCUAAAUACAGGAAAUGAAACUGGAGCUCCAGUUACAAUGAAGGAUAUUUAUGAUGAGUUUGAUGAGAGUAUAGCAGCAAAAUAUAAGAUUAUGAAGUUCAAGUCCAAGACAGUGGAAAAGAAUUACGCUUUUGAAAUACCUGAUGUUCCAGAAAAGUCUGAGUACUUAGAAGUUAGAUACUCGGCUGAAAUGCCACAGCUUCCUCAGGGUUUGAAAGGAGAAACAUUUUCUCAUGUAUUUGGGACCAAUACAUCCAGCUUGGAACUAUUCUUGAUGAACAGAAAGAUCAAAGGACCUUGUUGGCUUGAAGUAAAAAACCCACAGCUUUUGAAUCAGCCAAUCAGUUGGUGUAAAUUUGAAGUACUGGCUUUGAAACCAGACUUUGUGAAUGUAAUUAAGGAUGUUGGUCCUCCUCCACUUGUAGUGAUGUCUUUUAGCAUGAAGACAAUGCAGAAUGUAAAGAACCAUCAAAAUGAGAUUAUUGCUAUGGCAGCUUUGGUUCAUCACCAUUUUGAAUUAGACAAAGCGCCCCCACAGCCACCCUUUCAGUCACACUUCUGUGUUGUUUCUAAACCAAUGGACUGUAUAUUUCCUUAUGCUUUUAAUGAAGUCAUCAAGGAAAAGAAUGUGAAGGUUGAGGUUGCUGCAACAGAAAGAACACUGCUAGGUUUUUUCCUUGCAAAAGUUCACAAAAUUGAUCCUGAUGUCAUUGUGGGUCAUAAUAUUUAUGGGUUUGAACUGGAAGUGCUCCUGCAGAGAAUUAAUGUGUGCAAAGUUCCUCACUGGUCUAAGAUCAGUCGGCUGAAGCGAUCCAGUAUGCCAAAGCUUGGGAGCCGGAGUGGAUUUGGUGAAAGAAAUGCUACCUGUGGCCGAAUGAUUUGUGAUGUGGAAAUUUCAGCCAAGGAAUUAAUUCAUUGUAAAAGCUACCAUUUAACAGAACUGGUUCAACAGAUUCUGAAAACUGAAAGGGUUGUAAUUCCAACGGAGAAUGUACGAAAUAUGUAUAGUGAAUCUUCUCAUCUGUUGUACCUGUUGGAACACACCUGGAAAGAUGCCAGGUUCAUUUUGCAGAUCAUGUGUGAGCUAAACGUUCUUCCAUUAGCAUUGCAGAUCACUAACAUCGCUGGGAACAUUAUGUCUAGGACACUGAUGGGUGGACGAUCUGAGCGAAAUGAAUUCUUGUUGCUUCAUGCAUUUUAUGAAAACAACUAUAUUGUGCCUGACAAGCAGAAUUUCAGAAAACCUCAGCAAAAACUGGGAGAUGAAGAUGAAGAAUUUGAUGGAGAUACCCAUAAGAAAGGACGUAAGAAAGCAGCUUAUGCUGGUGGCUUGGUUUUGGAACCCAAAGUUGGUUUUUAUGAUAAGUUCAUUUUGCUCUUGGACUUCAACAGUUUAUAUCCUUCCAUCAUUCAAGAAUUCAACAUUUGUUUUACAACGGUGCAAAGAGUUGCUUCAGAGGCACAGAAAUCUGCUGAGGAUGGAGAACAAGAAGAACCAAUCCCUGAACUACCCAAUUCAAACUUAGAAAUGGGCAUUUUGCCCAGAGAGAUUCGGAAAUUGGUAGAACGGAGAAAACAAGUCAAACAGCUAAUGAAACAGCAAGAUUUAAAUCCAGACCUUAUUCUUCAGUAUGACAUUCGACAGAAGGCUUUGAAACUCACAGCGAACAGUAUGUACGGUUGCCUGGGAUUUUCCUAUAGCAGAUUUUACGCCAAACCACUGGCUGCCUUGGUGACAUACAAAGGAAGAGAGAUCUUGAUGCAUACGAAAGAGAUGGUGCAGAAGAUGAAUCUUGAAGUUAUUUAUGGAGAUACAGAUUCAAUUAUGAUAAACACCAAUAGCACUAACCUAGAAGAAGUAUUCAAACUGGGAAACAAGAUAAAAAAUGAAGUGAAUAAGUUGUACAAACUACUUGAAUUAGACAUUGAUGGUAUUUUCAAGUCUCUGCUACUGCUGAAGAAAAAGAAAUACGCUGCUCUGGUUGUGGAACCAACAUCAGAUGGGAAUUAUAUUACCAAACAGGAGCUGAAAGGAUUAGAUAUAGUUAGAAGAGAUUGGUGUGAUCUUGCUAAAGACACGGGAAGCUUUGUCAUUGGUCAGAUUCUUUCUGAUCAAAGUCGGGACACUAUAAUGGAAAACAUUCAGAAGAGGUUAAUAGAAAUUGGAGAAAAUGUACUAAAUGGCAGUAUCCCAGUGAACCAGUUUGAAAUUAACAAGGCAUUGACAAAGGAUCCCCAGGAUUAUCCUGACAAAAAAAGCCUCCCUCAUGUACAUGUUGCCCUGUGGAUAAAUUCUCAAGGAGGAAGGAAGGUGAAAGCUGGAGACACGGUGUCAUAUGUCAUCUGUCAGGAUGGGUCCAACCUCUCUGCAAGCCAGAGGGCCUAUGCACCUGAGCAGCUGCAGAAACAAGACAAUUUAACCAUUGAUACCCAGUACUACCUAGCUCAGCAAAUCCACCCAGUAGUGUCUCGGAUCUGUGACCCAAUUGAUGGAAUUGAUGCAGUACUGAUUGCAUCAUGGUUAGGACUUAAUACCUCUCAGUUUAAAGUUUAUCACUAUCAUAAAGAUGAAGAGAAUGAUGCUCUCCUUGGUGGUCCAGCACAGCUCACUGAUGAAGAGAAAUACAAGGACUGUGAAAAAUUCAAGUGUCCAUGUCCUAUGUGUGGAACUGAAAAUAUUUAUGAUACUCUCUUUGAUGGUUCGGGAACAGAUAUGGAACCCAGCUUGUAUCGUUGCAGUAAUAUUGAUUGUAAUGCUUCACCUCUGUCAUUUAUGGUACAGCUAAGCAACAAAUUGAUCACGGACAUUAGACAGUUCAUUCAAAAGUACUAUGAUGGCUGGUUGAUAUGUGAAGAGCCAACGUGUCGCAAUCGAACUCGGCACCUUUCCCUUCAGUUCUCCAGAAAUGGGCCUACUUGUCCAGCCUGUGAAAAGUCUAUACUUCAACCAGAGUAUUCUGACAAGUCCCUGUACACCCAGCUGUGCUUUUACCGGUACAUUUUUGAUGUGGACUAUGCACUGGAGAAAUUUGCCGAUCAUGAGAAAGACAAAUUGAGGAAGCAGUUUUUCCCUCAAAAAGUUCAGGACGACUACAGAAAACUCAAGAACACAGUGGAGCAGUUCUUGACAAUGAGUGGCUACUCUGAAGUGAACCUCAGCAAACUCUUCGCCGAUUGUGCUAUGAGAUCCUAAAGAGGAUCGAGGAACAAUCAAGGAGGGCCAGCUACACAAUCCCAGCUUCCAGAGUGCCAGACUGCUUCUCCAUAAUCCUGCUUCCCCCUGGCAUUUGUGAGGGGGACGACGGAAAUACUUCCUCUAUCAAGCAUCAAAGAACAUGCCAAGUCUUCAUGUUGCAAUAUACCUUGCCCAAGUUCCUGAAGAUGUAACAUAUUUGGCACUGGGUUUCUGGGAAAGGGAAAUUGCUUCUUGAAUUGAGAGUGGCUGGAAUA